AUGUUUCCAAAAUUUCAAGCACGCGACCCAGUAUUUUCUGACACACCGUUUUUACAGUCAUCCGGCAUAAACGCGAAGCUUCCGCCUGUGGCUUACAUCAAAGCUAUCGACGUGUGGAUAGGAGCUUGCCUGACGUUUAUUUUCUGUGCACUGCUCGAGUUCGCCCUCGUCACAUACGUUGCAAAUCGAACACAACCAAAAAGUGCUGCCUAUUUAUCUCCACUCUUUUAUAUAGAUAAAUAG